UGUAUCAAAAAAUAAAAUAAAAAUUAGUCUCGAAUUAAAAAAGUCGACCCUUAAACUUCAUCCCAUUAGAACAGGCACAGAAACAAUGGCUGGUCCCGGCAAAUGCUUCCUGGUCACGGGUCCUCCUGGCGUGGGAAAAAGCACUCUUAUUAUGAGAGUGUUCGAGUCCCUCAAAGCCUCUAAUCCCGCCCUCAAGGUUCAGGGCUUCUACACUCGUGAAGUUAGACACGCAGGCCAGAGGGUUGGUUUCGAAGUGGUCACUCUAGAUGGUCGCACAUGCCCACUUGCCUCUGCCAACAUUUCAAGCCCUGAGUCUCUCACAUGGCCUAGCGUUGGGAAGUAUAAAGUUGAUAUUGCAUCUUUUGAGUCACUAGCACUGCCGGAAUUGCAGGUUAGAGAAGACACUGAACUCUUCAUCAUUGAUGAAGUUGGUAAGAUGGAGUUAUACAGUUCGUCAUUCUUCCCUGCAGUACUAAAAGUUUUGGAGUCAAAUAUCCCAAUUUUGGCUUCCAUUCCAGUUCCAAAAUUUGGCAGAGAUAUACCUGCAGGUACAGUUGCGAGGUUGCGGAAUCAUGCAGGGGCAACUUGUUUUACAUUGAGUGUUAGUAACAGAGAUACUGUGAGAGAACAAAUACGCUCAUUAUUAGAAGAACUUCUGAUAAAACACUGGUCAUUGUAAAGAUUGUUGUCUAAACUCAUACUGUGCGGAAUUUUCUUCAAGUUCUAAAUGUAUCAUGAUGGCCUAGUACUCUAUUUAGUGAAGAAAAAAAGAGCAAUUCUCAAUGAGCUUGUUAAACUCUUUUACUCACUGAAAUGAACAUUGCUGAUACGAUAAAGAUGUUAGACAUCAAUACACUU